CAUGAUUCCAACAAGUCUUUCCAACCAGCCAAGAAAAGGGGUGAGGAAAAGUUUCAGGAGGAGAUCAAGUAGGAAGAAUAAAGACUAUGCCGACAUAGAUGACAACAAUCUGGCAUAUAUCUCCAAAAUGAUAGAUGAUUUCAAGUACAAGGUUGAUGAUCUCAGCUAUACCGAAAAGAAAGCUCUCCAAAACAGCUACAACGUCAACAUAGAGGAUGAGCUGGUCGAUGCAUACAAAGCUAUAAAUUCAAUUGAGAAAGAUCUGAAAUAAGUUGGUUUCCGUCUCAGAAAUGGUCCUUGAGAAAUGAGACGACUACGACAUAAAACUUCAAUCAGUAACCCAAGAAAAACAAGACUUGGCUUCUGACAUUCAAUAUUUACAGGAGAUGUACGAUCAAGUCAAAGAAAGAGAAGUCCAGAAGAACUCUAAAAUGCAAGAUCUAGAGCAAGAAAUAGAAAAUCUCCAGAAUAAAAAUUAAAGAGCUCAAACAGGAAAAUGAUUGGUUUGAAACCAAAAUAUCCACACUCCAGGAAGAAACUGAGAUCAAGGCUGAUGAAAUCGACCAAGAGAAAGCUAAUACAGAUCAUAUUGAUAAAUAAAUACAGAGAUAAACUAAGCUCCCUUCGGCUAGAAAUUGAUGAUAAAAAGGAAGAGAUAUCUAUCCUUAAUAAAGCACUUGAGAACGAGCGUAAUUCGGCAGAUGCAAUUGAAAAACAAAAAGAUAAAUUUUUAAAGGAAAUAUCAGCUCUUAAGGAAACCAAUAAGGAUAUUAAAGAGAAAAUGCACCAUUAUAAGAAGAGUUGCAGGAAAAUCAAUGAUGAGCUCCAAAAGUCUUUUCAAAUCAACUCAGAGCUAGAAAUGAAGAUCGCUAAAUUAGAGAUGGAGAGAACCCAGCAUUUUCAUCGGCCACAGAAGAAAUUGGGAGAAAGUAUUCCUUCAAAUCUUCUUCAGAUGAAGGAUACCAAAGAGUCCCAGAAUCUGUUUGAUUACCAAAAUAAUACUCUUGAUGAAGACUUAAUAGAUGAAGAUAUCCAUGAAGUAGAGUUCAGUGACAUUGUAUCAGAUAAGAACAAGACAUGACAACUAGAUUCCUUAGCAGAUGAGCUUGAUUUCUACGAUCAAGCGGAUGAUCAGCAUGAUGACUAUUACUAUAACAACACUGAAGUUUAUGAAGAUCAGGCACCUCAAAACCAUGAUUUCCAAACAGAAGAGACCCUUGAAAUUGAUUCUGAAGAAAUCUCUGACCAAGAUGAGCAUAUUCUUGAAAAUAGCUCUCAAAGCGAAUUUGAAGUGAGGUAUCAAACAAAUAGAACUAUGGAAGAAAGGCUUGAAAUGAAGUCUCAAGAGGAAAACUAUGAAGAAGAUAAGCACACAGAGUCUUCUAAAGAAGACAUCCUCAUCCAAGAUCAACACCAACGAAAAUAACACUGGGACAAGUAGUGAUCUUGAUUCAUACAUGCUGUGAAAGAACUGCAUGAAGGAGAAAGGAAUUAUCUAUGAGAAGAAGGAGAGUGAAGAGGCUAAAUCAUCAAAAUCAGCUAAAUCUAAUACCUCAGAAAAAGAGGAUAAAAAUCUAGCAUAUUUGAAAUAACAGAAACCCGAUGAAAGAGUUCUUUGUCUUAACUGCUCAGGCAGUGAAGCUCAACAGUCCAUACAUGAACACGAUCUUAAAUUUACAUGUGAAUCAAAUGUAUGAACAAGUCCAAAAGGACAAUACUCCAUUCUACAAAUGGUCUGAAUGGAUAGAAGAAACUCUUCACCGAAUUAUCGUCAAAAAGAUAUAUUCCGAAGCAUUUAUAAAACAAAAUAUGAAUAAAAUCCUCUCCAGACCUCGCUCAAAAUCCCACAGCAGAUCUCCAGCACCUCGUCAGCCACCAAAAUCCCCUCCAAAACAGACCCCUACACAAAAAAAACCAAGAAGAAAAAAUUCGGCUUCUUCAAAUUCUUAAAAAGAUCCAAACAAAAGCAAAAAAAUUCCUCUA